CUCAUAAUACGAAACAGCUUCUUGCAGGCAUUCUUUGACUUCAUCAGAAAACUCGCCAGGAUCCUUUUGGCCCACUUUCCCUAUAUGUUUGCCUUUGGCGUGAUGGACGUUGCCCAAAUUGUACAAUGCCCUGCCCUCGCUCAGCUUGUCAUCUAGUUCUCUGGAAAGCUCCAAAUGUCUUUUGCAACAUACUAUAGCCUCAUCGAAUUUUCCCAUUACUUUCAGCGUAUUGCCCAAGUUGCCUGAAGACUUGGCUUCACCCAAUUUAUCUCCCAUUGUUCUAAAACAAGCCUCUCAAAUUAAAAUUUUCCAUUUAUAUUUAAAACAUGUUUACCUAGCCAAAGUCAAAUCGUGCUUAUGAUACUGCAUAGCUUUGUUGUAGUCUCCGAGAUAAAAAUAGGCAUUUCCCAGCUGGCUGUAAAUGGCACUAAGUGUUCUGAGGUCGUCAGUGCCAGCUUGAAUUGCAGCUUGGAAAAAAGCUACUCCUGCACGACAAUCGCCCGAUUUACAUAGUCUUUCGCCUUCUAGGGCUAGCUCUAAGCACAUAUUACUCGACCCAUCGUACUCCUAGAAUAUUAAUUGGUAGAUGACUAAUUGAAAAAAAUCUUAAUUCGAGGAAUUUCUAGGGAGUGGAUCUAUGAUGAAGAUUCAAUAGAAUAGUAUUGUGCUCACCUGCUGGACAGCAUUUUCGUUACUAAUUUCUGUAAAAUUGUACUACAUACAGUAAUAUGAUUCUGACAACAGCAUGGCAACGUGGAGGUGAGAUGUUCAAAUCCAAAUAAUCACUUUCCAAUAAUUAGCAUGAAUAUUUGGGGUAAAUAAUGAAUUAAACUUGUAAAUUUAUAGUACUAUAAGCUUAAAAAUCAUGGCGCCACCCCAAAAAGGUAAACAGGCUACCAAAGGGGCCAAACAAAUUGUCGAAGAAAAUCAAGCUACCCUAGUUUUCUAUAGGAAUAUGGCAAUGAUAGCUAAUGCCUUAUCUCUAGCUAUUUUAGUAUUUUAUAGCUCUACAAUCAAUAUUGUUUUAUAUUUAUUUUCAAUUGGAGUGUAUGUAGGGUCGUAUCAGUUCAUGGCAAUCAUGGCCAGAGCCCAAUAUUCGGAAACUGGACAACUUUUAGAUAGUGGCAACGAUUUAAAUAUGGAAGGAGGUGUAGCAGAGAAUAUAAAAGACUUAAUAAUCUUAACAGCAGGCUGUCAAGUACUGUCCUCAUUUAUCUCCAACUAUUUCUGGCUGCUAUGGCUGUUGGCACCGGUAAGACUAGGCUGGAUAUUGUGGAAGAACAUUUUGGGUCCGUAUUUCCAAGCCGCUCCCCAAGAAAAUCCACAAGUUGACGAUAAAAAACAGAAGAAAUUGGAGAGGAAACAGAAAAGAUUUGCCAAUAUGAGAUAGAAUUUUGUCAGUUGUAUGACAAUUUUUCUAGUGUAUGUUUUGUAUAGAUGAUAAUAAAUAAAUAUUUUAUUAACAAGUGUCAUGUCGAAAUGUUUAUAAAUAAAAAUAAUAGUGAUAGGUCUGUUUCCACAAAUCAGUCAGAGUGAAUUUCAUUGGUUGAAACUAGUUUUCUGACUGUCAACUAAUGAAAUUCACUCUAACUGGUUUGUGAUUUCUGCAGAAACAGACUUUAUCAACAAAAUUGUAAAACUAGG